AACAGAGUAGACACAAUUUUCAUUUUCAUUAAAGCAGAGCACAGAAGGAGCUAGAUUGAGAAAGAAACUCAGCUAAGGACUUACGAGCCUCACCAGCUUUGUACUUCUACUGGCUGGCAACUUCCUCUUCUGAGGCCAGGUGACCAUGACUGAGAAAGACCCAGAGGUGCAUGUGGAAGAAGAUGAUGACGAGCUUGACAGUAAACUGAACUACAAGCCCCCACCCCAGAAGACUCUUCAGGAACUGCAGGAGCUGGACAAAGAUGAUGAGAGCCUUGCAAAGUACAAGAAGUCCCUGCUGGGGGAUGCACCUGUAGUGGCAGACCCCUCGGCUCCCAAUGUGACCGUCACUCGGCUUACACUGGUAUGUGAAUCUGCUCCGGGGCCAAUCACCAUGGAUCUCACUGGGGACCUUGAUGCUCUCAAGAAAGAGACCUUUGUGUUAAAGGAAUGUGCUGAAUACAGAGUUAAGAUCCAUUUCAAGGUAAAUAAGGAAAUUGUAUCUGGCUUGAAAUAUGUGCAGCACACCUACCGGACAGGGGUGAAGGUGGACAAGGCUACAUUCAUGGUUGGCAGCUAUGGGCCACGGCCAGAGGAAUAUGAAUUCAUGACACCUCUUGAGGAGGCACCCAAGGGCCUGGUGGCGCGAGGAACCUAUCGCAACAAGUCGUUCUUCACUGAUGAUGAUAAGCACAACCAUCUCACCUGGGAAUGGAACUUGGCCAUUAAGAAGGAGUGGACAGAAUGAGUUCCUCCUUGUUUGCUGCUCUUUUCUCCCUCCUGCCUCUUGCGCUGUAUUAUUCCAGGUGUGCCAGUCCUCGGCACCUGCA